CACAUAGCAGUGUACAAUGCUUCCUCGGCUCCUGUUUGUAGGGCUUAUCAUGUUACACUUCACUGGGACACUAGAAGGAUAUCUGCAUUACGCAGUGAUUGUCCCCUCGGUGAUCCCAGCUCUGCGUCCCCAGCUUGCUUGUUUGCAUGUGAAUAAAGCCAAGGGACCAACCAUUGUCAAGCUCACACUUAUAACGGAAAAAGAAAACACAACGUUAAUAACAAAGACCUUCAAUAGUGAAUCUAUGUUUUCUUGUGUUCCAUUUCAGAUUUCCAAUACCAUAAAGAAUCAUGAAGCGGCUACGAUGGAUAUUUUUAUUCAUUCACAUGAGGAAAUAAUACGCAAUCAAACAAAAGUAGCCCUGAAGAAGCAAAGAUCCAACAUUCUGGUCCAAACUGACAAACCCGUGUAUAAACCAGGACAAACUGUGAAUUUCCGAGUUUUAUCCCUAAGAGAAAAUCUCCAACCAAAUUCAAUAAAGAUUCCGGUCACUGAAUUACAGGAUCCAGAAAAGAACCGUAUCGGGCAAUGGCUGAAUGUGACUCUAAAUCAGGGAAUGGCAGAUUUCUCCUUUUCCCUUUCAUCAGAACCCAUUCUGGGAGAUUAUACCAUAAGGAUCCAAGACACUGCGCAUAUCUUCAGUGUGGAGGAAUACGUUCUCCCAAAAUUUGAGGUCACUCUUGAGUUCCCUCCAGUCAUUUUGUUUAACCAUGAACAUUUCCCAGUUAAAAUAUGUGGCAAGUAUACAUAUGGGAAACCAGUCCAAGGAGAAUAUCAUGGAAUUAUGUGCCGGAAGCCAAAAGGGACACAGAUACGUUAUUAUAAGCAAGUGGAUUUGUGUCAUGAAAUAACUGGAAAGUUGGACAGAUCCGGUUGCUCUACAAUACAAGUGAAUUCUACUCAUUUUAAUCUAAGAAACAGACAUUUACAACUGAGCCUGGAAGGAAAUGCUUCAAUCAUUGAGGAUGGGACAGGAAUUGAGCUAUCAACGUCCAGCAGUACCUCAAUAUCAAAUGUCAUUGAAAAGAUGUCCUUUGAGGCUGACAAGAGUUACAAACCUGGGAUUCCAUACAGUGGGAUGCUUAAAGUUGAAGAUGCCACAGGUCAACCCAUCCCAGACAAGCAGAUCUAUCUCACCUGCGCAAAUAAUGCUAAUGUGGUAAAACUAACACUGGUUACUAACAAGAAUGGACAUGCUUUCUUUAAGAUAAACAAUACAGCCUCAUGGACAAGAACAACCUCCAUAAAGGCCAGAACAACUGAGAAGAUAGAACCAUAUAACCACAACUUUAUUGAACCAAAAUAUGGCUCUGCAGAACUCUCCCUUCAACCGUUUUACUCUCCCAGUAAAAGUUUCCUGAAGCUGCAUUCCCAGGCUGAGGUUCUACCAUGUGAGGGGCAACAGGAAGUCCAAGUGGAUUAUAUCAUUAAUCCCACUAAACUGGAUGCAGAGACCAAGAUUCUGAAUUUACAUUAUCUGGUUGUUUCUAAAGGAUCUAUAUGGAACUCUGGAACUGUAGAAAUUCUGCUAGACCAGUUUAGUGAAGACCUGAGAGGUACCACCUUGUUUAAUCUCCCUCUGAGUGUCGAUAUGGCUCCAUAUCUUCAAGCACUUGUGUAUGUUUUCCUAACAAAUGGAGAAAUUAUUGCAGAUUCAGCAGAAUUUACUGUUCAGAAAUGCUUCAAGAAUAAAGUAUCAGUUGGGUUCUCCCCAGGUGAGGUCCUCCCUGGAUCAGAUGUUUCUUUACAGAUUCAGGCAGAAGCUGGAUCCCUCUGUGGCCUUAGAGUUGUGGAUCAGAGCGUGGUGUUAAUGAAACCUGAAAAAGAACUGACAGCUGAUAAAGUUCAUUCUUUAUUUCCAUUUUAUGGAGUUCGAGUGUACAAAUUGGUACCUCCCUGUUCCCCUGACUAUCGUGAAGUUAUUUUUCAAAAUCCAUCUAUAUAUCGAAGACGAUUAUCCAGAAGCUUAGUCUAUCAAAGCAACUAUGAUGAUCAUAUGGAUGUCUACAACUUGUUUAAAGACAUGUACUUAGAAAUAAUGACAAGCGCUGACAUUAAUAAACCUGUAGACUGCGAAAUAGUGCAGUAUGAUUCAUUAAUGAGUGAAGAGCAAAGGACAGUUUCUAAUAGGGUAUUUAAAUAUGAACCAAUGAUCCACGAGGCCAGUGAGCCAAAUAUAACCCCAGAAAACACAAAAAAGGUGGAAAAAGUCAGAAAAUAUUUCCCUGAGACAUGGCUGUGGCAACUAAUGCCUGUGAGAGAUUCAGGCAGUGCUGUGCUCCUUAAGACAGCCCCAGACACCAUCACAGACUGGAACGCGAUGGCAGUCUGCAUGGGACCCAGUGGUUUUGGUAUCUCCUCCCCAGCCUCCCUACGAGUGUUUCAGCCAUUCUUUGUGGAUCUUACCCUGCCAUACUCUGUGGUCCGUGGCGAGUCCUUCACCCUCAAAGCCUCUGUGUUUAACUAUUUAAAGGAGUGUAUAAAGGUGAAAAUUUCACUAGAGCAAUCUGAAGAGUUAGAAGAGGAGCCCUGUACGGACUGUCAGCGUACUAGCUGUCUGUGUGCAGAUGCAAGUAAAACCUUCUAUUGGAACCUGAAGGCCACGAAACUGGGAGAAGUGAAUAUAACUGUCAGGACAGAAGCUAUAGAUACCGAAGAUUUCUGUAACAAUGAGCUGCCUAUUGUUCCUAAACAGGGGAGCAUCGACAUUGUGAUUAAACCACUUAUCGUAAAGCCUGGAGGCAUUCUAGAGGAAAAAUCUCACAGCUCCCUGAUCUGCAAUAAAAAGGGUGAAGGUCAGUAUAAAAGGGAAGAUAUCUCACUGAAGGUGCCUGAGAAUACAAUUAAGGAUUCUGUGAGAGCUUACGUAACCGUUUUGGGAGAUCUGAUGGGAACAGCCCUGCAGAACCUGGACAGAUUGCUGGCCAUGCCAAAUGGCUGUGGGGAGCAAAACAUGGUGCGCUUUGCUCCCAAUAUCUUCAUUCUACAGUAUCUUGAAAAUACUCAUCAGUUAAAUAAUAAGAUCCUGAAUAAAGCCAAGACGUUCCUAGAAAGUGGUUAUCAAAGACAACUUACCUACAAACAUGAUGAUGGGUCAUAUAGUGCUUUUGGAAAGAAUGAUCAGGAGGGAAACACAUGGUUGAGUGCAUUCGUAGUGAAGUCUUUCAAUAAAGCCCGUCCCUAUAUCUUCAUUGAUGAAAGUCAUCUAAAGCAUUCUUUUACUUGGUUGAGAGACCACCGUAAAGACACUGGCUGUUUCCGUAGUGUUGGGAAACUCUUCAAUAAUGCAAUGAAGGGUGGCGUGGAAGAUGAUGUUUCUCUUUCAGCUUAUGUAACAAUAGCUCUUCUGGAGUCAGGUAUAUCUACAGAGGACUCUUUGGUUGGAGAUGCUUUAUCUUGUCUGAGGAAGGCUGCUGUGGAUGUAAGUAACGUAUACACACAGGCUCUCCUGGCUUAUACUUUCACUCUUGCUGGAGACACAGAUCUCAGACAACAACUAAUGGAAAAAUUAGACAAACAAGCUGUAAGAAAAGAUGGGCAGCUACAUUGGGAGCGUCAGAUGACCACCCCUGCUUCGGAUGUUACAUUUUGGUACCGUGCACCCUCUGCAGAGGUUGAACUAACCUCAUACAUGCUCCUGACCAUGCUCUGUGGGCCUGAACAGGAUUUGGGCAGAGCCACAGAGAUAGUGAACUGGCUGAGCAAGCAGCAGAACCCAUAUGGGGGUUUCUCAUCCACACAAGACACUAUCGUAGCCCUCCAGGCUCUGGCUAAAUAUGCUGAAGCCACAUUUAGUGACACCGGAGAUGUUACAGUGACAGUCCGGUCUCAGACAGGAGUUGUGGAUUUCCAUGUGGAUAAUACAAACAGGCUGCUUCUACAAAAAAUGACACUGCCAGAUGUUCCUGGGGAGUACACACUUACAGCCACUGGAACUGGUUGUGUCUACGUACAGACUGUCCUGAGAUACAAUGUCCCACCACCUAGAAGUGAUGCUACAUUUGCAGUGAGCGUGGAAGUAAAACCAGGACAGUGCUCUGAAGAAUCAGUGACAAAUCUUCAGAUUCACAUGACUGCUGAGUAUACAGGAUCCCGAGAGAAGUCCAACAUGGCUCUUAUUGAGGUUAAGAUGUUGUCUGGAUUUAUCCCCAUGAAGAAAUCAGUGCGGGAGUUGGAGAAGAGCAAAGUAAUCCAGAGAAGUGAUAUUCAAACAGACAUGGUGACCCUCUAUCUGGAUGAGCUGGGACACACACCCCUUAGACUCUCCUUCAUGGUGGAGCAGGACAUUGAAGUAAAAAAUCUGAAGCCCGCUACAGUAAAAAUCUAUGAUUAUUAUGAGACUGGGGAAUAUGCAAUUGCAGAAUAUAACUCUCCCUGUAGUUCAGUUGAGAAAACAAACAAUUAAAGAUGAAGAACGGAGAAACAAUAUUUAAAACAUAUAAUAAUAACAUACCCAACUAAAGAUAUUCAUAUAAUUUGUAUAUUAUUUUGAAAUAAACACGUUUUUAUUCUUAAA